AUGUCAACGUACUUAGCUUCUCUCUUUGAGAGAAACGAUAUCAAUUGGAAGGCCAUUGGUGCCCUGUUUUUGGUUGCAAAUUAUGCAUUCAAGACAUAUCUCAACUACAGAGAGUACAAGGUCACCUUCAACCCAAAGCCACCUAUCGUUGUUCAGAAAGAAAUCACACAGGAGCAGUUUGUCAAGUCUCAGAAAUACACCAGAGACCGUCUCAAGUAUAGUUUGAUCAGAGAUACAUCCGAAUUGGUAAAGGAGUUGGUCAUUCUUCACUACAACUUGUUGCCUCAGAUUUGGGGCCUUGCUGCGAAGAUUGGAUCUUAUUUGGGUGGAUUCAAACUUUUCAGUGGUAUUUUUGGAGGUGUGACCUUGCGAAGUGUCUUAUUCUUCGCCUUAAAAAACACCCUCGAGCAGAUUUACGUGAUUCCUAGAACCUACUACUUUGACUUUUUCAUUGAGGAAAAAUGGGGCUUCAACAAACAGACUCGAACUAAGUUCUUCAGGGACGAGCUGUUGCAGAUUGUUGUCGUGCAAGCUUUCCAUGCUGCUGCCACUUUUAUUUUUGUCAAGAUUGUUGACUUCUUUGGUGGAGAUUUUGCUAAGUAUGCUAGUGUGGCCUUCUUGGUUGGACUUCUUUUCAUUCAGACUGUUGUACCCACUGUUGUCUUGCCCUUGUUUCAUAAAUUCACUCCUUUGAGAGAAGGUGAGUUGCGUACAAAAAUCGAGGAAUUGGCUAAGAAGAAUGGUUUCCCUGUGAAGAAGCUUCUUGAAGUGGAUGGCUCAACCAGUACAUCACAUUCAAACGCCUUCUUUACUGGCCUUCCUUGGAACAAGCAAAUCGUGCUUUUUGACACCUUGAUUGAACAGCAUACUACCGAGGAGAUUGUGGCUGUUUUGGCUCACGAGCUUGGCCACUGGAAAUUGGGCCAUAUUUGGCAGAUCACUGCUCUGAUUGUAGCACUUGUUAGUGGAAAUCUUGUUUUAUUUGCAGCAGCUUUUGAAAGCACUCCUCUUGCUGUAUCAUUCGGUUUUGCGGGCCCAUCUCCAAUUGUCAACCUAGUUCUUUUCAGUUACCUUUCAUGGCCUGUCGAUAAUACUUUUCAAAUACUCAGCAACAUUGUUACGAGAAAGAAUGAGUACCAGGCUGAUAACUAUGCAUUGAAGCAAGGCUACAAAGAUGAGCUUGCUUCGGGUUUGAUCAGUUUGAAUAAGGAAAACUUGUCUUUCUUGGACACCGACUGGUUGAACUCUCUUUGCACUAUAAGUCACCCUAACUUGGUUGAGAGAUUGCAAGUUAUUGGCUAUGAUCCUAAGGAGAAAGUGGGGAGUCUUAUUCCUGAAAAGGAUAGCGAAAUCAAAAACUAG